AUGGAGGUGAUGGCGGCGCUUGGCUUAGUUAGGGGGAAAAAAAAAUCACCCCUUCAAAACCUAGGACGCCUCGCAUGCACUGGGGCUGCUUCAUCUCUUCUCUGCGAUCUCUCUCUUCGGAAAUCCAAGCUUCAUCUAUGUCCCCAGAUUGGAAUCUGGGCGUCUCAUCUCUGCCCAGGCCGAGAUGCAACAGCCAGCGGAGAGGAGAUAGAGAGACAGCGGUGCUUCGAAGGCAAAAAGGUGUCAGUUCAGAAGACUAGGCCGAAGCUGACCUCGCCUACGUCCUCCGCCACUUCACUCGCGCUUUCAAGUACCGUGGCCUCGGAAACGAGAAAAUUGAGAGAAAGAGUUGCGAGUGGAGGAGACCCGACAAAGUUGCAUGAACCAGCAGUCGAACAAGGCUCUCCAAAUGAUCAACAGGUAUGCUACGAUAAUGGAUUGGCUACUGAGUGGAGCAUGAAUGAUGCUGAGAGAGGAGCAUGA